UAAGACAACAGUUAUCUCCGUCAGUUGCUGCUCGUCAGUCGUACAGAAUGCACUCGGUGGUGGCGAUGUUGAUUGUGGGCGUCCUCGGCGCCGCGGCAGAGGACGUGGUCGUCACCACGAAACUAGGGCGACUGCGGGGGUCAAGGGUCAGCACUGGACCGUCAACGUACCUCGACACGUUUUUCGGAAUUCCCUUCGCUAAACCGCCUGUCGGGCCACUGCGUUUUUCUCCAACUCAACCCGCGGAGCCCUGGGAUGGAACCCGGGACGCCAUCGACUUCGGUCCAGCGUGUCCACAGAAGCACGAGACACCUACAUUCCCAACCAGUGAAGACUGUCUGACACUCAACAUACACAGACACUGUUCUGCAGACUGUCAGCCGAUGCCAGUCAUGAUGUGGAUUCACGGUGGGGGCUUCUGGGAAAACAGCGGUUCCGGAACUAACGGCACUGAACUGGCCAUGAAGGGAGUCGUUGUCGUGUCCGUCAACUACCGGCUGGACAUUCUCGGAUUUCUGUCGACUGGAGAUGAUUCCAGUCCCGGGAACUACGGUCUUCUGGACUUAAUUCAGGCUUUAAAGUGGAUUAAAGAAAACAUAGCAAGUUUCCAUGGCAACCCUGACGAUGUGACAAUAUUUGGAGAAAGCGCUGGAGGUGUCCUUAGUUCUCAGCUGAGAAUCUCACCGCUUGCCAAAGGCCUUGUUAAGAAAGCCAUCAUGGAGAGCGGCGUUACUAUGGCCACCUGGGCCGUCAGUCUGCCCACCACCACGCCCACCCCUUUGUCUCAGGCUCAGGCCGUGGCUGCCAAGGUCGGGUGUCCCACAGACAGGGGUACGUCCGCUCUCGUCUCGUGCCUGAAGGGUCAGCCUCUGGACACCCUCAUCACAGCCGCCGCUUCUAUUCGAACAGACUAUGGCAGCAAGUUCAUCCCUGUCGUGGAGACAGGGUUCGGGGUUCUGCCCAAACCUCCUGAACAGCUCAUUCUGGAGGGCGCGGGGGCUGAUGUUCUCGCCAUCCGCGGCUGCACCAGAGAUGAGUCUUCCAUUGACAUGGAGUUUUGGUUCAAUCCCAAUGAAUACGACUUAAACACGGCUGAAAGAGAGACAAUGAACCGAGCAGCCUCAAACUUCCCUCGCGGACCCCAGGAGGCAGGUCGAGCUCUGUUCAAGGAAUACGUGCAGAGCAUCUCGCAGCCCACCAGCCAGCAGCUCGCCUUGGCAGUCGCUCAGCUGGACACAGACCUGGGGUUCAACUACCCCAUGAUCCACGAGUCGCAGCUCGCCGUCAGCAACUCCAGUGCCGCGCGCCAGUAUGUCUACCAGUUCAGCUACCUGUCCCCCAACUCCAAUCACCCUCAGUGGACAGGUGUGCCCCACACUGCUGAAAUUCCAUUUGUCUUUGGAGAACCGUUUGGAAACGACACAAACUGGACAGACACUGACCGGCGUGUGUCCACUGACGUCAUGACCAUGUGGACAAACCUCGCGAAAUAUGGAGAUCCCACGCCCCAGGGAGUCAGCAAGGUUACAUGGGGCGCCUACUACAAGGCAACACAGUUCUACUUGAAAUUCCAGGAGACUCCAUCCCUUGACAACCAUCUGAACAGACAGCGCAUGGACCUCCUCAAGUCUCUGUACGAGCGGUUCGGAGCUUAGAGCAUCCAGUCGUGACAUGUGCACAGUUCUGGCUGUCCAUCCUGAAUGUAAAUGUUUACCGAAUAAAGCAUUCAUGUUAGUCCUGAUCA